GUCUGAGAUCCCCGUGAGACAGAGCUGUCACCCUGCAGAGCUGCAAUGACCAUGUGGAAGACCAUCAUGUGCUCGAGCAGGACUGUGGAGCCAGUGGUGCAGAUACUCCUCGAUGUGCUGAGAACCUGGUCAGAGCACAGCAAGUGCACCUCCGAUGGGGACAACACGGGUGUCUUUGCCCUGACUGCAACAGUGGUGAUGUGGAAGUUCCUUCAGGUGCCCUGUGUCCCACGGGUAGUGAAUGUGUAUUUCCCCCGCCUCUUUGUGCAUCUGCUCUUCCAAGUGUUCUUCAGCACUUUGGAUAUAUCAGAGGAUCUCAAUGCCUUCUGGAAGGGAUGCCAGGAGCAACACGGCCUUGCCAUCAGCCCCAGCAGGUUUGCAGUGCAGACCCUGAAGUCCCUGCUCUGCCAAAUGCGCUGUAAUGAAGUGGUGUUGUCAAUGGAACGCAAGUGUGGCUGGGACACGCUGCUCUGUGCCGACACCCACCACUAUGCCGUGGGUCUGCUGGCCAGGGAGAUAUCCUGUGUCUCCAGGCGCUUGUGUUCCCGGAUUGCUCGCUACCUGCUCCGGGUUCUUAGCACACAGGAGGCACGCUGGGAUCUGCCUGCCCUGGCAUUCCUUGUGGAGAUCCUGGACUACCUGGACUUGAGUGAACGUGGUGCUAACAGGCUCCUGGAAAUCUUCUCAAGGCACCUGAGUAGCGAGUGCAGGGACAAGCGUCAUCUAGUGCUCAGAGCCCUUUUCAAGCUCAGUGACGAUCCCUCAAUGAAUGAAAAGAUGUGGAGCCUGACUGAAAGGCUUGUGGAGCUCCUGCGGGACGCAGAUGGAGAAAUAGUUAGGAUGACAAUCAUGGUACUCAGCUUUGUAGUCUUGGACAAGGAGAUGCUGAUACCCAGCCCCAUCGCCCUGCAGCUGGCUGAGGUGCUCCCACCACUCUUUGACCACAAUAAUAGCCAGGUGCAGCUGGUGUCCAUACUGCUCUUCCAAACAUUGGUGAUUGUUUUAGUUGAAAUGGAAAAAGAAGCCCUGGAGACACAAAUGUGCCAGAGCCUGCUGCCACUCUUCUUCCACUGCCAUGACGAGAACCAGCGUGUAGCAGAGGCCUCUCAGAGAGCACUGCUUAGCAUGGCCAAGUUCCUGAAGAGGAGAGAUCUUGGAAAUCCCGUGAAGAAGGAGAAACUGUGGAAGUUCGCUGAGGUCCUGGUAAGGACGGCCUGGAAGGCCCAGCCUUAGCCUGGAGAAGCCCCCUGUCUCCGG